CAUCUAGAAAAGCUUAAGCUUCAAGGUUAUUAUGGUUUUGCUUCUGAAAUUCAAAAGAAGAUGAGAAUUAUAGUUGUUGCCCGGGAUGCUAUUGUAAACUGGAUUUUGGGAGUCAUCUGUGAUCUUAAAUUGCCAGAGUCACCCUCCAUUGCUCCGGUACCACUACGGUACCACUACAAUGGAAUCGGUGCUUCGUUUGGAUGGAAGGACAUCUCGAAUAUAUCACCGUUGCAAUCGUUUCUUGUUGACGUAGCAUUGGCAGAAUCGACGAGAACUGAUAGCUGGCAUUGUAUCAUUAGGAUGAAACGCACUCAAUCUUCUACAGGACAACCAUAUGCUUCUUUUAUGGACCCAUUACCACAUUGUUUGCAUGAGGUUGGAGAUGUGGAAAAAGCGGAUAAUCCAACAUUUUACGGACGAUUUUGUUACUACUUCAUCUUGAGAGGCCUUUCUUAUUCUAUGAGCGACAGACCAAGCAUAAAGGUUUUGAAUCAUCUUGGUCAUUGGGAAAUUUACAACCACCUUCCAACAAACCUGAAUUCAAUUUGUUUUCUUAACUUGCCUAUCUUUGAUCCAAGUCGAAAUCGUGGGGUGACAAAAAAUACGAUGGAAGAUGGAAAAACACCCACGAACCCAUCUUUCAUAGACGAUGGACGCCUCGAAGUUGUCGGUUCCAAAUCUGAUUUUUGGUACGGGGGCAUAGACUGGCCUCUCCUUGAUCAGGUACGAGGAGUUCGCUUCGAGUUUAUAGAGGGUGCAAGAGGGGUUGUGCACUUAAGAAUUGAUGAAGGAAUGUCGUUUGGUAUCCGUAUUGAGGAAUUGGUUGAGAUUGAAAUCUCUUACCACGGUCAAGUCAACAUUCUCGCCCUUCCAGAUUGCGCAGCAAAAAGUAUCCGUCUCUCCACACAAUCUAGUGUUUCCCAAGCUAACGCUAAGGAUUAGUCUGAAAGACGUAAGAAAUUUAAUGAAACAGCAGCAAGUCUAGGCUUGAGUUUGCUUGAUUGAUUGAUGCUUGCUGCUUUAACUCAUCAGUUUGAAAAUCCCCUGUGAUUGUAAAUAUUAUACUGAAGCAAGCACUCCCUAUCAUACAACUAGCUCCUAUCUUUCUUUAUAUUUUAGUUUCUCCAACUCUCCUUGAAGUUGUGGAUGUGAAGAAACAGACUAGUGAAGUGUUUACAUUGUGUUGUGACUUUGGCAUAUAUGAUAUAUCUUGCCAAGCUUAGCCAAGCAGAGCACAACAUGAAUAUAUUUUAUUUAUUUAUU